UGUUUGAAUGUGACAUGCCUGUGCAGCCUGUGACAUGAGCUGAUGUGACCGAGCCGGUGCUGCUUCCUCUGUGAGUUGCCACUUCACUUCCUGCAAUGCGUGGGUUCACCUGGGUUUGCCGAGGCCACUGCGGAGGGCUUCACAGGAUUGGACCUGGGUGUUGCUUAUGUCCUUGUGUGUUUCCUGCUGUCCUUGUACUCUUUCUUUGAUCACAUCACUCACCAGUUUUGUGGAAGGUGAAAUCUACUCUGUAUCUUGGAUUCCAGCUGUGAGAAACGUCCUUGGUAAUCCUGGGUUGCUCCAGAUGGUAAAAUCUGCAGUCCUACAUCAUUGCAGUAAGAUGAAAUACAUUUCAGUGGCUUGCCUUUUAUCCUAACACUUCUAAAACAUUUUUAUACGUGAUCUUUUCAAAGCUACUUUGGGGGAUUUCCACUCCCUUGCUGUUUUAAAAUGCUCGUACUUCUGUGUUAACCACAAAGCUCACGCUGGUACACUCUGUCUCUGUCUCUCUCUCCUUUUCUCCCCAUCGAGGACCAGCUACAAUUUCCAGACAGAAUUAAUACAGCCAAAAACUUGCACAUAAUGAAGUAAAAUAAGAGUUUACUGCUAGAAAUGAAUGAUCAACAAGAAAAAGAAAGGUGUCAAAUGAAGAGGCUUCAACUCCUGUAGCACCUAAACUGAAGCUGGCACCACGUUUCCCUCUGAAACCUGUCUCCCCCCUGCAGAUGAGAGCCCUCCUGCCAGCAGCAGCCUGCUGCACGCAGUAGCUGAGGCAGAGUCGCUGCCAGGGAAUAUUUGAAGAGCUUCUCCUUGUGUCUGCUUCGCUUCCCAGUGCAGCUCCCAUGGCCUGUGACGAACCCGCUGCUCUCUUGGGCAUCUUCACGCGCCAGAACUCCUCCAGCACCAGCUCUUUGGACUUUGAGCCCGACGCCGACUACAAGUUUGUGGAAAGCCUGGAGGAGCGGUACAAGUGCGCCUACUGCCACCUGGUCCUGCGCAAUCCCCACCAGACGGGAUGCGGGCACCGCUUCUGCCAGCAGUGCAUUCUUGCUCUGAGAGAGUUAAAUGCAGUACCCACCUGUCCUGUCGACAAAGAAACAAUAAAAAUGCAUGAGGUAUUCAAAGACAACUGCUGUAAAAGAGAAGUUCUCAACUUGCAUGUGUUCUGCAAAAACUUCCCUGACUGCAAUUCAAAAAUAAUUCUGGGACGGUAUCAGGAGCAUCUGCAGCAGUGUUUGUUUGAAAGCAUGCAAUGCACUAAUGAUGGGUGUCGGGAUCAAAUUCUUCGCAAAGACUUGAAAGAGCACUUGAGCCAGCACUGUAAAUUCCGGGAAGAGAGGUGCCAGUACUGUAACACAUAUGUGGUGUUAAUUAACAUAAAGAACCAUGAGCAAAAUGACUGUCCUGAUUAUCCUGUGCCUUGUCUCCAAAACUGUUCACAAAUAAUUCUGAAAAAAGAGAUUGAAAAGCACCAUGCUGUGUGUCCCGAGGCAGAAGUGGACUGUCCAUAUAAGCAGUACGGCUGUCAUGUAAAGGUUAAAAGAGGGAAACUUGCUGAACAUGAAAACAGUGCCCUGAGGGAACACAUGCUGCAGAUUUUAGACAAGAACUCCCGACUGGAAGAACAGAUAUCUGACCUGUAUAAGAGCCUGGAAUGUAAAGAGAUUAAAAUCCAGCAGCUAGCAGAUGCCAUUAAGAAGUGUGAGAAAGAAUUCAGACAGUAUACACAAUUGUUUGGUAACAAUAGCAACUUGAUGGUAAGCACUCAGGCUCUGGCUAGUCACCUGGAUAAGUCUGCACGCCUGGAAUCACAAGUGAAACAGCUAAUACAGAUGGCAAACCAGCAGCAAAGUAAAUUAGACCUGCGGCCCCUGUUUGACACGAUUGAAAACAUGAAACAGAAGAUUGCCCUGAUGGAGACGUAUGACCAGCGUAUGGGUAUGUUGGCACUUUCCUGCACAGUUGUUUUGGAAGAUCAGUCCAGCAAACAUGAUCUCCAGAUCAAUAUUCACAAAGCACAGCUCAAUAAAAAUGAAGAACGAUUUAAGCUUUUGGAAGGCACGUGCUACAAUGGGAAGUUAAUCUGGAAAAUCACAGACUACAAGAUGAAGAAGAAAGAGGCAGUGGAGGGCCGUGUGCUGUCCAUAGCCAGCCAGCCCUUCUACACCAGCCGCUGUGGGUACAGGUUGUGUGCGAGAGCCUACCUGAACGGGGACGGCUCGGGAAAGGGAACGCACAUCUCCCUCUACUUCGUGGUCAUGAGGGGCGAGUUUGACUCACUGCUGCUGUGGCCUUUCAAGCAGAAGGUUACACUUAUGCUUUUGGACCAAAGUGGGAAAAAAAAUCACAUUGUGGAAGUCUUUAGAGCUGACCCCAACAGCAGCAGUUUCAAAAGGCCAGAUGGAGAAAUGAAUAUUGCUUCCGGCUGUCCGCGCUUCGUGCCACACACCGUCCUGGAGAACACAAAGAACACCUACAUCAGAGAUGACACCCUCUUUUUGAAAGUGGUCGUGGAUCUAACUGAUCUGGAGGAACUGUGAAAAGCGUGCCCAAUCGGUGUGACUGCUGUAAGCAUGAGGAACUGCUUUUGUGGUGAACACCAGCCAUGCAAUAGCAAACUGCCACCAGUCAAGCUACUUGAGAACAUUUCAUGGCUUUGGACUACAGGACAGAUAAUGAAUUGCCAAUCAGCCUCUCCUUUUCUACCCAUUUUUUUUCAAGACUGCAUUUUUAAGACAGUUAGAAGUCCAGGCUGGUGCAAGCAUGCAUUCUAUCCAGAUUGGUUCAGUCCAGGCUGGGGAGAAUGCUUGGCUCCCAUCACCAGACUGGUGUUUGGAAAUGAACCUCCUUCAGUAAACUCCCUGGAGCCCAGGCAGGCCUGUGGGCUCCUCUCCCUCACACAGAAGUGAAGCCAUGCCCAAACAUGCAAGUGCAUUUCAUCUGUCUGCAAUGGAAACAUUUUGACAUUAGCAAAUUUGAGUCAAUGUGUCUUGAUCCCUCCAUCUCUUGGAUUUUUGAAGCAGGGAUAAAGGCUUCAGUUAGGCAGAGAAAACAUUUGCCAAGUAUCUUGCAUCUUUUUUAUUUGUUUGAAUUGUGUUCUUCCAGAAAGCCCAGAGGAAGGAGCCAAUGCCUCUUACUUUUUUAGCCUGUUUUUUCAGCUGUACAGAGUACUCCCAGGUCACAACAGCUUUCUUGUGUCCUUUCCAUUCCUGCCUAGUGCCUUGGGACUGGUUUCCAUUGGUGGUAAACAUCCACAGUCCCCAUCUGAAGCCAAAAGCUGCAGGUGCUUCUCACCUCUCAGGACGUGGCCAGAGGCAGGGCACUCGGCCAGCCUGCCAGCUCCUGGCUGUGCUGCUGGAAGAGCAGCAAAACUCCUGUUCUUUUGCUGCCACAUCUGUGAAAAAGAGAUCUUUUCUGGCCUUACCAGCUCUAAAAAAGGCAGGAAGAGUUUGGGGAAUAGCUCACGUAACAUGCACUUUUCCUCUCUCCUAGAAGCUUGGCGAAGAAGGAGGAAAAUGGAUUAGGGAGUGAGGUUGCUGUAAGAACCCAAUUUUUACAAUCAAUGCAGCUUUAGUGUUUGUUAAAGGAUGACACAGCUGCUGACUGUGAUGUCUGAAGAUCUUAAUUUUUAUUCCAAGUUUCUUCCAUACUGCAAGGGAAUGUGUGCAUUGUGCAGGGCUUAUCUGGGACAUGCUAAAACCACCAAGAUCAGGCACUGAGGAACAAGUGACACAGAACACAGGUGCCUUUUUAAAGCCCUUUGGGUGCCUGUAAGAGGGAUGUAGUUUUGCAUACUCAUUUUGUUAUUACAAGUGGAAGAGUUUUACGUCUCUCAUCUCUCACAGGUCAGGUAGGGAAACACCAUGGCAUUAUCCAUUGCACCAAAGCUUAUCAAGAGACAGCAAGAAACUAAGCUGGUUUUAGAGUAAGAGUAAACUAGGCAGGAUAAAAAUCAAAACAGGGCACAGACUGAAAGGCAUAGAUAGAAAAUUCUGGAGGGCAAAUGUGUCAAACUGGAAGAUGCCCUUCCUGUGCAGGAUGUUGAUAACAAUCUAAAUAAUUCAAGGACUGAUACCAAAAUGAAGGCAAAAUACUUCAUUUUGUAUCUGCAAUCUUAUGGCUAGACAUUUACUUUUCCACAUGGUUUUCAGGACAUAAUUCAGACACAUGUAUUUUCUAACUCAGGUGGAGGGGAAGAGACUUUAGUAAUCUGUACCUCAUGGUGGGUUAGCACAUGUAAAAUCUUUGUUUUCAUCUAGAAGUCCUUUUUGGUUCACAAUGUCAAGAUUUACAGAGCCACCAUCAGAGCUGCUUUCCGUGUUCCCAGGGACAGAUUGUGAGGAACAAAUUUUAUUCUUGUGUACCACAACCAUUAACCUCCAGGGUCAUUUCAGCUGUAAAACAGAACAAACUAGAUGUAACACUUGGUUACAGAAAGAGCAGGCUUGUUUUGACAGGGGCAUGCCAUUCUGUGACAUCAACCAUGAGCCUGGAUUUCAUGUUGAUUUCUACUCUAAUAUUUGUCAUGUAACUUUCAAAGUGACACAACUUGCAUAAUAACCACUAAUAACUGAUGGGAAUGUACCAUCCGUGUGUCCUGGAGCUCUCCAGUACAUUGAGUGUUAAAUACAGAAAGUGAUAAAGAGCUCAGACAAGCAAAGGAGGCAAGAUGAAACGGAUAUGUGUGGUCUGUAUCCUGGCAAAUUCCCAGCCCUCUCCACCUCCACCACCCCAAAUGUAAAAUGGGGAUAAUAAUACUUGGAGAAGCAUUAGGGCUAUUUAAAUGUUUGUGAAGAAGUUUGACCAUGAAAAGAGCUAAGUAUUAUUAAAACUCCAUUUCUAAUUGUUAGAAUAGAUGGCAUUGUGAUGUGGGUAAGUGUUUAAUGUUUUCCUAGACAGAUUUUGGAAGCAUGUUUGGUUUUAGGCAGUUCAUACUGCAAUCUCUACCUACUGGUUGGGUUUAGGUUUUUGCCAUAAAUAUUCCUUUUAAAAUUCUGAAGCACAAAUUCAUCCUGGGUGAUGGAAACAUCCCUUUUGAAAUACUGCCUGUUUUAUAUAGAAUUAGUUGAGAAAAUUAAUUUUUUUAAAGACAACCCUCUUUAAAUUGGUUCUUUUUAGUACAGAAAUUAAGAGAUUUAUGUUAAAAUUUUCAGUGAUUUUUUUACUACUUGUAAACAGGGUCUUAAAUUUCAUCCCAUUUCUAAUAGAGAAAAACAUGUUGUAUAGCAUGAAUUGUUAGGAAGACUUUUGAUGUUGCAUGAAGAAUACCAAAAAACUUUUCAAUAAUACUGUACUGAGUAAGUAACCAAAAGAGCGUAGGGUAUUUCUACAUCAGCAUACCAUAUGUUUCUAAUGUAUUUAUUGAUAGUUUGUAGUUGUUUGAAUAGCUCCUACUACAAUAGAGGCAUUUUUCUAGCCAAAUGUCUUUACUGUGUACAUAAACUAAUGUAAGAAUAAAUAAUUUUAUCAUCCUUCUGGAGGGACUCUGGCCUAUAUUCCUUUUGGCUGGAUUGAAGCAGACUUGAGUACUGGGUAUUUAUUUACACUAAUUUUAAACAACACAACACAAAAAAAA